GAAGAUUGAGACUGAGAGAGAGAGGGAGAGGGAGAGAGAGAGAUCGGGUGUGUUUUCUUUUUCCUCUCCUCUUGCCUCUCCUCUGCCUGCGCCGAUGCCUUUUUUCUUCUUUUUCUCCUCCUUUCUUUUUUCCCUCUCCUAGCUCUCUUCUUCCCCAUCCUCUCCCUCCCCCCUCCCUCCCCUGUUGGUGUGUCUGUUUGGGGUGCGCGGAUGCCGAAGGGGGAGUUCCCGAUGCGGAGGCUUUAGUGGGGCUGGCCGGGCGGACUCGGGCGAGGAGAGGAAGGCAGCCAGAGGCGAGGCGAGGCGGCGGGGAUCGGAGGCGCUUCUUCUUCAGCGGCGGCUGAGGCCGGGGCUCCCUUGUACGGCGGCGGCUGCCUCUGUUUGGUCUCCGGGCGCGAGAUCCGGGCUGCUCCGACGAUGCUCCUGGACGCGGGGCCACAGUACCCGGCCCUCGGGGUGACCACCUUCGGCUCCUCUCGCCACCACGCGGCGGGCGAUGUGACGGAGCGGGAAGUCGGGCUGGGCAUCAACCCCUUCGCUGAGGCCGGCAUGGGCGCCUUCAAGCUGAACCCCAGCAGCCACGACUUGGCCUCGGCGGGCCAGACGGCCUUCACUUCGCAGGCGCCGGGCUACGCGGCCGCCGCUGCCUUGGGCCACCACCACCACCACCAUCAUCCGCACCCGGGACACGUCGGAUCGGCGUACUCCAGCGCCGCCGCCUUCAACUCCACGCGGGACUUUCUCUUCCGCAACCGGGGAUUCGGUGAGGCGGCGGCGGCGGCCAGCGCCCAGCACAGCCUCUUCGCCUCGGCAGCGGCGGCGGCCGGAAGCUUCGGCGGGGCCCACGGACACGGCGAGGCCGCCGGGCACCUGCUCUUCCCGGGCCUCCAUGACCAGGGCGCCGGGCACGCCUCGCCCAAUGUAGUCAACGCCGCCGGACAGAUGCGGCUGGGCUUCUCCGGAGAGAUGUACGGGCGGCCCGAGCAGUACGGGCAAGUCACCAGCCCCCGCUCCGACCACUACGCCUCCCCGCAGCUCCACGGCUACGGCCACAUGAACAUGAACAUGGCGGCGGCCCACCACGGGGCCGGGGCCUUCUUCCGCUACAUGCGGCAGCCCAUCAAGCAGGAGCUCAUCUGCAAGUGGAUCGAGCCCGAGCAGCUGGCCAACCCCAAAAAGUCCUGUAACAAAACUUUCAGCACCAUGCACGAGCUGGUGACCCACGUCACGGUGGAGCACGUCGGAGGGCCCGAGCAGAGCAACCACAUCUGCUUCUGGGAAGAGUGUCCCCGGGAGGGAAAGCCUUUCAAGGCCAAGUACAAACUGGUCAACCACAUCCGAGUCCACACGGGCGAGAAGCCCUUCCCCUGCCCUUUUCCGGGAUGCGGGAAAGUCUUUGCCCGCUCCGAAAACCUCAAGAUCCACAAAAGGACGCACACAGGCGAAAAACCCUUCAAGUGUGAGUUCGAGGGCUGUGACCGGCGCUUCGCCAACAGCAGCGACCGCAAAAAGCACAUGCACGUCCACACCUCCGACAAGCCCUAUCUCUGCAAAAUGUGCGACAAGUCCUACACGCACCCGAGCUCCCUCCGCAAACACAUGAAGGUCCACGAAUCUUCCACGCAGGGGUCCCAGCCUUCUCCCGCCGCCAGCUCGGGUUAUGAAUCUUCGACCCCUCCAACCAUCGUCUCUCCAUCCACAGAAAACCAGACCACCAGCUCCUUAUCCCCUUCGUCUUCAGCAGUCCAUCACACGUCCAGCCACAGCACGCUCACGUCAAAUUUUAACGAAUGGUAUGUUUAAAAACAAACAAAAAACCCCCCAACAACACACAGGAGCGAACAAAUGCAAAGCCACCCUAUUUAAAAAAAGACUCGGAAAUUAAUGAACUUCGAAACAGGAUUUUUUUGGGUGCGUGUGUGUGUUUGGUUUGGGCUCCCCCACUUUCUUCUUCCCUCCCAUCUCCCAGCCGAUUAAAUGCUGCCCACAGACCCAGGACCGAAUCCAAUCAAGAAUUUUCUCUCUCUUUCUGGCUCUCUUUCUCUUCUUCAUCUUCUGCUGGUUUUUGCUUUGGUUUUGUCGCCUUGGGGGGGCAAAGCCUUGGGCAAGCAAAAAAAGAAAGAAAGAAAAGGGUUUGUUUUUGUUUUGUAUUUGUAUUUUUAAAAAGCGUGCGUGAGAAGGGCAGGGUUACCAAGCCAUCUUGCCAAGGUGCAGGGCUUUGAAAUGGAACCACUGGCUGGAGUUCUCCAACUGCAUGUCUUCUCUUUUUUUUGGGCAGCGGCCUUGUGGUUGUUGUUUUCUUUCUUCCUUCCCCUCCUGUAAAUACAGAAAUACUAGCUUACAAUGUACUGUUUGAUUUUUUUGUAAAUAGUUAUACCACAAGUUGAAUAAGGGGAUAUGUGGAAUUGUGGUCUUUGCAUAUA